UGUAACGGGCAGGGUGUAUCUCGCGCGGUGCUAUUCCCCAUUUCACGCGCGUAUUCAUUUACGCAGUACAAGUUACAACCUUAAUCCAAUUAUAGGUUAAAAUUAUGAAGGGUCAAUGACACGUUUCUUGGGUUAUGGUUGAUAAUGGGAUAACGUUGGUAACUAAUAUGCUGUUAAAGGUUUUCCCGGUCUAAAGUUUCAUUGUGUUUUGGUGGAAAAUGUUUCGGGAUGAUGUGAGUUUGGAAAAAUGUUGAAGGCGUUUCAAACGCGAUGUGCGCUCGGUGGAUUGUUGCUGGCCCUGUGUGCCCUUGGUGUCCCAGGACUGAUAGAAAUCGUGGAAGAGCAGCGAUGUCACGACUACGAGUUCCGCCUAACGUGUCGAGAACUAGACACGCAUAUAGCCAUUCUAGACGCGUGGUACAUCUCCGCAGAAGACUAUCACCGCAUCUCGAACGACACUCCAACUCACGCCAGUAUGAUAAGCACCGAGAACGAUUCUGAACUCGAUCGAGUGUACGUGUAUUCUAGUCCCAAACACAACGGUGUUUACGAGUUGACGAACCAUUCCAUUUUCGAGAACAGUGAUAACUCUACCAACAAUGUAAACGUAACUUUAACAUCAAAUUUGACUGACUUCAAUGUGAAUGAUACUUUAAAUUUUAAUGAUACUUUUGAUAGUGUGGAUAUAUCAGUGGAUUUUGUGAACGCGAGUGAAGGGUGUGGUGUUGAGACGUUUGCGCGAAGUUACGCGAGCUGGCAUGAGGGUGAGAAGCGGAAGAAGCCCGUGUCAAAGGCUUCGGCUAUGAACUUACGAGCGCCGCUGAGUUAUAGAUGUACGGGGGUGAAUCACUGCAGCUUCGUGCUGGCUGAGGACUACCUUCCCUCCAUGAGCUGGUCACCAGGCGUCGUCUAUAUAAAAUACGCUUGUUUUGAUGAUUUAGUAUCGAUCCAUUACUGUAACCGCGAGGUCUCCAUAUCGGCGCAGGGUCCAGAGAGCGAGGGGUACAUCCGCACGCCGGGGUAUCCGCACUUCUACGUCGAAGACGAGUGCAGAUGGAGGCUGCGUGUCCAUCCCGAGCAGAGGAUACGGGUGACCUUGUUGGACGUUGACUUGAGGAGUAUUGGGCCCUUUGAAGACUCCUGUACGGACUUCGUGUCGGUGGAGGACUCGAACGGCAGCGUCCUCCUGUCCACUUGCCAGCAGGUGUUCUGGCCUCUCCAGCUCACGUCCACUGUGGACAGUGUGGAAAUUGUCGUCAAAGCCAACUCCAAGGGUGCCUUCCCGAAGAGAGGCGUGUUGUUACACUAUAAAAGCGUAGGUUGUGUGACUUUGUCAGCGCCAUCUGACGGCUACUUGGUAUACCGCAACGAAAACGUCGCCCACUUCAUGUGCAAUGUAAACUUUGUCUUUGAGGACACGCGGCAGAGGGCGCGAGUUAUAUGGUGCUACGACGAUAACAGGUGGAAUGAAACUCUACCUUCAUGCAUUGAGGAGGCGGCUUCAAAGGUCGCCGGGGACACGAAACUGCCGCACAACGAGGCUAACAUGAUAGUUGACAUCGUCAUCCCGUCGCUACUGAUAGCGGCGCUGUUCAUUGGAAAUGCGUUCAUCGUGCUCAUUAUAUACAAAUACAGAAAACGCAUGCCAGCAAUGGAACCGAUGCUCGUCUAGUGACCAGAUUUGACCUGGCUUAACUAUAGAGGGUGAAGAAACUUAAAAACCGAUGACCUUGAGGACGAGUUCAACACGAUACCACUGAGUUCGAACGGCGUCCACAGCGCGGGGAACGCGGUGUAGCUUGUCUAGCUGCCUGUAUGAGGUCACGCCCAUCGGGGAACUUUACACUAGGAGCAUGAUGUCUCUUCCAACACUCACUCUUGGAAGACUACGCUGAUUCGGUUUUACAUGGUUCCUAAUUACUUGUACAAUAUUGACAGGUCUAAAGACAUAUGCUGAGAAGAUCUAUCUCUAUGCAAAAUAUAGCUUGACUUUCUCAGAUUAUUAUUUUGAGAACUAAAGCAUUCAACCAAGCCCGCCCGACCAAAGCAAAGCGACUGCGAAGCGGGAACGUCAGCUGCGCGGCGAUCGCUUCCCACGAUAUUUUAAUAGCGCCUUGCAUACGUACGCGACCAACUACACUUGAAAUUAUUAUUUGGUAUGCUUAGAAAUAGUAAUUAUAUAGCUUUGCAUUUUUUUUUUUAAAUUAAUAAAAAAUUAAGUUUAAUUUUUAUUAAUUUUUGUCUUUUACAUGGUUUAUUUUCGCACCUAGUUGCCAAAAUUUCGUCUAAACAGAGCUAAAUGUUUCAAAGAUCAUGCUAUAACUUUCAAAUUAAAUGUAACUUUACUCUAUUGUUGUCGGGCUUAGAUAAUGGAGAGAUAAAUCGAUAUCUGACUUAGUUUUAGAUCUAGAUUUUAGAUCUAAGGCUAAAUAGCUAGUAGAUCUGUCAAUUAUGUUACACUUAGGAACUGUGUAUAAUCGAAUUAGAACCAAUUUACGUUACCAUAUUUUAUUAGUUUUAGUAUGUACAUUGUCAUAACAUUUUGUAAUACUUCCGCAUUCUAUGUAUGACUCCCUUAAUUAUGAUUUUUUAUACAUAAAAUUGUAAUUAGCUUAUUUUGCUAUUUGUAAUGAUGUAGGAGAAUAGGUAUUUAUUUAAAAAAAAAAAACUAAAGAUUCAGCUGUUACCAACCAAUACAAGUGAAAAUUCAUGUUCUCAUUUUAUUGUACAAAUUGCCAAAGAUCUUUUGAUGCAAGUUUUCCGACAAAGAAUUUCUUUU